AUGCCGAGCUUUGGAAGGAGUCGGUCGAGCUACGAUGUCUCCAACAAGGAGCAGAAGCAGAUCCUCGCCGACAUCAACGCCGGCUCACAGAAGUUUGGCCGCAAGCUUCUUUCCCGCCAACCGAGCCACCGCCGGGAAAAGAGCAACGAAACCAUCACACCGGUGACGGUCCUUCCUGAACAACAGCAGGAAGAACGCAGAGGACGCAAGUCGACCAAUUCGGCACGCCCGAAGCUUCCCAAACGCACCAGCAGUAUGAGGAGGGCGUACAACUACUUUUUCGGUGGAGUUCCCCAGCCGGAGCAACCGCCAUCCCCAACGUCGCCAGUCGUUACGGAAGCACAUGCGGACGCUGUAAACAGCCCGAAGGAGGACACUAAAUCUGCACGCAAUGUUGGUGUGGACACGCCACCGCAAACACCCGCUCGUGAAGCUUCACAGGCGGCCGAGGAUGCGAGCGUAGAAGCUGUUUCCGACCCGCCCUCGCCCAGCGCUGAGGACCCGCCUGAGGUUGCCAUCGAGAAGCUCCGCAAGAAGCUCGACAAGACUCAAUCCGACCUUGCAGAGGCCCACUCGACCGUCAAGCGCCAGGACACGACUAUCGCCGGCAUCGAAGAGGAAUACAAGGAGCGGGCACGGGGCUUUGAAGAGCGCGAGUCCACGCUCCAGCAAGACAAGAAGGACCUAGAGGAGCACAUGGUUAGCAUCGUUGUGCAACAAGUCCGGGAAGCCAAGGCCAAGGAGAGGCACACUGUCGUCGAGGAGUGCGAGCAAGAAUUCGCCGAGAAGAUUGCUGAGCGCGACGCCCGUGAGGAAGAGCUGAAGAAACAGAUCGGUGAACUUGAGGAGCGCGUCAAGGCUUUGGAGGCCGAGAUUGCCAGCCUGCGCACGGAAUCUGGUGACACUGUGCCCAAGUCUCAGAUCGAGGCUAAGGACAGCGAGAUUGCUGCCCUGUCUGCGGAUAAGUCAUCUGCUGAAGACUCCCUUGCAAAGGCCAACUCGGAGCUUGAGCAGCUCCGUGCGGCAAAUGCUACCCUGGAAGAAGAGAAAGGGUCGCUUGUUCCUAAGAGUGAUGUCGAUGCCAAAGAUGAGAUCAUUGCCCAGCUGAAGUCCGAGAAGGAUUCCAGCAGCGCCGCAUGGGAAGAAGAGAAGGGAGCCCUCGUUCCCAAGGCCGAUGUCGAGGCGAAGGAGGCCAUCAUCGCAACUCUUACCACCGAGAAGAACGAAGCUGUUGAGUCGCUAAACAAUGCAAAGGAGCAGCUGGACAGUCAACUCGCCAAGCUUCAACAAGAACUCGAUGCAGAGAAGGCCACCCACGGCGAAACUACCGGAAAGUUAUCCAGCAAGGAUGAGGAGUACAGCAAGCUGCAGGAAGAGCACAAUGCUCGUGGUGUGGAGAGCGAUGGGCACAAGACCCGCAUUACGGAGCUUGAAGCUUCGAUCGCUACUCUCGAGGCCGCCAAAGGCGAUGUUUCUGGAGAGAUUGCUGAACUGCAAAAGUCUGUAGCCGAAAAGGAGGCCGCGCUAUCCUCAAAACUCGCAGAACUCGAAGCAGCCCAGAAAGAAGCCGCGGACAAGGCCUCUGAGCUGACCAGCGCUAAUGAAGCACACGAGGCGACUCGUGGCGAGCUUGCGACCCAUCAGACGCGUGUUUCGGAGUUGGAAGAACAGCUCAAGUCAGCCGAGUCAUCCAAAGGCGACGCUGAAGAGCUUGCGAAGAAAAUUACCGCCCUUGAGUCCGAGAAGGAUAGCGCCGUGAAGGAAGCUGCCGACAAGGCGACCGAACUUGCCAGCGCCACUGAUGCUCACGCAGCGACCCGUAGCGAGCUCGAAACUCAUCAGACCCGGAUAUCUGAGCUAGAAGCCCAGUUGAAAACAGCUGAAGCAUCCAAAGGCGAUGCUGAAGAGCUGGCCCAGAAGAUUACCACCCUUGAAGCCGAGAAGGAUAGUGCCGUGAAGGAAGUCGAAGACACGAAGCAAAAGAUUGAUGAACUGUCUUCGGCAAAGUCUGAAUUGGAAACCCAGCUCGCUGCGGAGAAGGAGGCCCAUGCCAGCGCCGUCAUGAAGGCAGAAGACGCCGAAAAGAAGCUCGCGGAGGCUCAGCAGGGUCAUGCCGAUCUUGAAUCUCAAAUCCAAUCUGCCCGCGCGGAAGUUGAUGAGGCAAAGAGCCAGGCUGGAGCUCUGACCACCCAAGUGAACGACCUCCAGGCGUCUUUGAUAAAGAAGGAUGACGCCAUUUCCGCUGCCGAAGCGGCAGCAAAGGGCGAUUCCGAUGGGUUGUCUGCAAAGAUCAAGGAACUCGAAGAGUCACUUUCCAAAGCGCAAUCCGACAUCGAGUCGAAACAGGCUGCACUGGAAGCCGCGGAAGCAGCGAAGGGUGAUGCUGAUGGUCUGUCCUCAAAGAUCAAGGAACUAGAGGAAUCGCUCUCCAAGGCGCAAUCUGACGCUGACGCCAAAACAAGCCAGGCGAAGACUGAGGCCGACGGCCUUACCGCUAAGCUGGCAGAGAUCGAGGGCUCUCUGAAGGAGAAGGAUAGCGAGAUCGAGAAGAUUCGGGCGGAGUUGACCUCGGCUCAGGCAUCCAGUGAGAAGGUCGACGAGCUUACGAAAGAAAUUGAGGCCCUCAAAGCUCAAAUUGAUGAGAAGUCGACUGCUGCCAAGACAUCCGAGGACAAGAACGCCGAAUUAAGCGCCCAGCUUACCGAGCUGCAGCAGAAACUUGACUCCAGUGUGACCGAGCACGAGUCGACGAAGGCAGGCCACCAGGAGGCUUUGUCGGCACUCGAAAAAGACCUUGCUACGGCCCGCGAACAGGCUGGUGGCGUUGCCGGUCUGCAAUCUCAACUUGAUGAAGCCAAGUCUGCGCACGAGACGACCAAAGGCGAGCUGACCGCCGCACAAGAACAGUUUUCUGGCCACGAGUCUCGCGUGAAGGAUUUGGAGCAGAAACUGGAAGCUUCUUCCGGCCACGAGGCUAAGGUUGGAGAGCUCCAGGAGCAGGUCAGGAGUCUCCAGGCUGUUGAGGCCGCUAAAGCUGAGCUCGAGACACAGCUGAAGAGCGCGACUGAGAGCAGCAACAAGGCUGCUGAAGACCUGAAGACUGCCCAGUCUGAUCGUGAGGAGCUUAACAACAAGCUUAAGACGGCCACCGAGGAGGCAGAGAAGAGCGCAGGUGAACUGAAAGCUCUUCAAGAGAAGCUGGACGCUGCCACUGGUGCUGCUACCGCCGACAACGAGAAGCUUGCGUCGCUCGAGAGCACAAUCAAGGACCUGCAAGCUAAGCUGGACAGUUCCGAGACGGAAUCUAAGGACGCCGUCUCCAAGGCCGGAGAAGAAGCUGAAACUUUCAAGAAAAGGAAUGCUGAGCUCGAAGAAAAGCUUAAGGCGACGACCGAGGCUUCCAGCUCUACUGACUCCAAAUUGACUGACUUGCAGACCCAACUAGAUGUCGCCCAAAAGGCUGCCGAGGAAUCGAAGACUGCACAGACUGGUGCGGCGACUGAGCUAGAGGAGCUCACCAAAGCACAUGCACAGCUGAAAGAGGAAAGCCAGAAGCACGCCGCCGACCUGGAGACCAGCCUCGCUAAGUUGAAGGACGAGCACUCCUCGGCCGCCGAGGCCCGGGAAAUCGCCGAGAAGUCAUUGGCAGACGGAAAGGCUUCGAUCGACGAGCUCACAAAGAAGAGCGAAGACGCCGAGAAGCGGGCCGAGGAAGCUUUGAUCAGCCUGAAAGAGGCGGAGACGAAGGCCUCCACGGCCGAAGAACAGCUCCAGAACGCGCAGAAGGAGCAAGAGGAGCUCCAGGCGAGGCUGAACGCUGCGCUCAAAGCUCCCAGCGAUGCUCCGAAGGAGAUCGAGAAGCCCAAGGAGAAUGGUGAUGUUGCCGCUCCUGCCGCCACCGAAACCGAAGCCCCGGAGACUCCAAAGGAGAACGGCGAUGCUGCUCCCGCCGCAACCGAAGCUGCUGUCCCUGCUGCCGCCGAAGAGGCGGCACCGAAAGAAGAUGCCCCCACGGUAGAAGCGCUUAAGGAAGAGGCCCCAAAGGCAGAUCCUCCGGCCGUGAAUGACGGUGCCGACGACAAGCCUGCUGAUGACGCUGUCCCUGCUACACCUAUCACUGAGGAUUCACCUGCGGAUGAAUCUUCUGUUCCCGCCACGCCCAUCACCGAGGACACACCUGCAGACGGAAGCUCGCCCAAGACCCCUUCCAAGAAGAACAAGAAGAAGAAGGGCAAGAAAUAA